AUGGGAGGUCCAAAUAGCAAACAGGAGCCAUCAUCUCCAUCCAAGAUAAACAGGGAUGAAUUGGGGCAAUUAUCACAGGAAGAGGUGGUGCAGAGAGUUAUAGAAUUAGAGUCAGAAUUAAAUGAGUUUCAGGAAUCGAGUAAAGAAUUAGAACAGGCAUUGGAAGAAGAACUUCAGGGAUUGGAGAACGAAAACAGUACACUUCGUGAAGCUUUGGGUACAUCCAAGAAGCAGUUGCAACUCUCCAAGGAGAACAUUGCUAGUCUUAAUAAGGAGAUCUCUGAUUUAAAUGAAACAGUGAUUACAAAGACACAAGAAUAUGAAAAGCAAAUAAGUUCAUUGAAGCAAAAACUUGUUUCUGUAGAAAUAGUAAACGAUGAUAUGGAAGAGAAUGAUCGGAUGUUAUGCAAUAAAUUGGAAUUAGCGGGCCAAUUCAAUAAUGAACUACUCGAAAAAAUAGCCAUAAUAGAAAAUGACUUACAUAGGGAGAAACAGACCAACAGCCAGAAGCAAUUGCAUAUUACGAAUUUUGAAAACUCAAUCAAGGAAAUGAAAGGAAAAAUUUUGUCGUUGGAAACCAAAUUGAGAUUUUACGAAAAUAAUGAAGUCGAAAGUCUGUUUUUGAGCAUGAAAGAUAUUUUAAAUGCCGGGCCCCCUUCAUCCAAGAGCAGUCAUACAUUGGCAAAUGGAAAAGGAUCUGGGAUGAAAAAGUCAGAUUCAUUGAAAAAACUUCAUCAAUUAACCACUAACUCCGAAAGCAUGUCUAAGAAAGCACGUAAUUUGAAGAACUCAGUAUACACUUCGCAGAUGAAAUCCUCACCCACGACAAAAUUGUCAAGGCAUACUUCGAAGGCUACUUUGCGAGGCAAAGUAGCAGACAAGGAAAAUAUUGAACCUUCUCAGGAGACUAUAUCUAUACCUAAGUCACCACCAAUAGUAGAUGUAUCGGCGAGGGCAAACCUAGGCACGAAGGAGCCCCAAAAGAUCUACGAUCAAGCUCAAUUUGAAACAUCAAGACGAGCAUUAGAGGCAGUAAAAGCUUCUCCAGGCAUGAAUAAUAAAACCAUUUCAAAAUCUCCGGAAUUGAGGCAAAUAAAAAGGCGUCAUCGUCGAACCAAUAUUUUUGAUACUUUCAAAUCAUUGAGUCUCAGUAACAGUAACUGA